CUCUCUCGUACGUCGCACCGCCCGUUGCACGACUUUUGUUUGAUCGCGACCGGUUUCCCCUUCCUUCCCGCCACAAGACCCCCAGCGUUUGCACCGCACUCGCUUCGAAACGCUACCCUCUCUCGUUCCCCCGCCACACGAUCCGCGCAGCAAUCAUGUCCGAGACAGCAACCCCUGAGGUUCUCUGGGCCCAGCGCUCUUCCGUCUCCGAUGCCUCCAAGAACUUCGUCUACCUGACCAUCUCGGUCCCCGACGUCCCCAAGGAGGGCCUCCAACUCGACCUCAAGCCUAGCAGCCUCACCUUCACCGGCACUUCGGCCACGCUCAAGCGCAAGUACCACGUCGAGCUCGAGUUCUACGCCGAGAUCGACCCCGAGGAAAGCAAGAUUAACCACACCUCCAAGAACAUCGAGAUCAAGCUGCAGAAGAAGGAGCUUAAGGAGGAGUACUGGCCUCGGCUUCUCAAGGACAGCAAGAAGCUCCACUUCCUCAAGACCGACUUCGACAAGUGGGUCGACGAGGAUGAGCAGAACGAGGCUCCCGAGGAGGACUUCUCGCAGUUUGGUGGCAUGGGUGGAAUGCCCGGCAUGGGCGGCGGCGGUGACUUUGGCGGCAUCGACUUCUCUAAGCUUGGAGGCGGCGCCGGCAUGCCUGACCUGGGCGACUUGAGCGCCGGUGCUGGUGAGGGCGACGACGACGACAGCGGCGACGACGACGACGAUGACGACAUGCCUGCGCUCGAGGGUGACGUCAAGGAGGGUGCGAAGAAGGACUAAACGAGACCAAUAUCCCCGUCUUCUGACCGGAACAGCGGCCGACGUGGGCUUGCAAGUUUAUUCUGGCGGGUAGGUAGUAUGGAGUUAUAGUGCGAUGUCGCUCGUGCUAUUCCUGCCGAGCGGACCAACGUCUCGAAAUAAAAAGGAGUAUCCCCAGCCGCCGCAUUUGCAGGCUCAGCAUGCAUAUCCUCGGCCCCACGGAAAUGCGUCCCUCGUCCCUCGGUGCAUUUUCUCGGCAGGUCCCUCUUCCCGAUGACGAGCCCCGACCGAGGCCCAUAAGACAGUGUCCGCCUCGUCGGCGGCGGCGCAACCUGCCGACGUCUUUCGCGUUCCCUGUCUCAGCCCGCCCCCUCGGGACCGGCGUCGUUACACAGUCGCUCGCCCCCCCAAGCCUGUGUAUCCCCCUCCCCGCAACGCACGCCCUGUCCGUCGAUUACGCGGGAUAGACACACUGUUGAGCUCGCCUACGUAUUUGUACCGUCCCCACGGCGCGCGCGCGCACGAAGCGCUCGUGCUGCCCAACGCCGAGGGCCAAGCGGGCAGAGCCCGUGUGUCACCACCGUCUUGCGUCGUGGCGCAACGAUAAAGGGAGAGCCUCUCGGGGAAGAGAAGGCGAUGAUGACGUCUUCUGUGCCAACCCUCCUCGUCCCUCGUUCUCGUCCUCCCCCGGGUCUCGCUCCGUAUUUGUCCUUGCCUUCCGCUGCCCUGAACGAGGGUCGGCCAGUCGGUCGGUCGGCCGGUCGUUUUGCUCUCGCGGCUGGCGUGGGACCUCCUCUUCCACUCCCCCGGGGGGUCGCCCUCCCUGGGGUCCCGCGUCAGCUCGAAUUUGGGGGCCUAUUUUUGUCAAUAUUUGUCAGACGCGCUGCCCGCGCGACACCACAGUGUUGUGUGUCGUGUAUUGUGUCGUGUAGCCCUGAAUGUGUGGAUGACUGACUGACUGACUGACUGACUGACUGAGCGAGUAAAGCUGUUGUGCUGCAAUGACUGACUGACU